AUGCCGCCACCACCGCAUAUCAAGCCUGAGAAUGUCCUCAAGAGGGCCCAGGAACUUAUCGCCGUCGGUCAGGCCCCCGCCGCCUUGACCGUCCUUCACGAACAUGUUACCUCCAAGCGGACCCGUAGCAGCCCGAUUGCUUCGCUCGAGCCGGUGAUGCUCCUGUUUGUCGAGCUGUGUGUUGACCUACGCAAGGGCAAGGCGGCCAAGGACGGCCUGUACCAAUACAAGAACAUCGCCCAGAACACCAACGUUGGCACCAUCGAGGUUGUUCUCAAGAAGUUCAUCGAACUGGCUGAGAAGAAGGUCACCGAGGCUCAAGCGAAGGCCGACGAGAUCCAGUCUUCCCUCGAGUCUUCCGCCCCCUCCACCGCUAACGUCGAUGAUCUGGAGGCUAUCGAAACCCCCGAGACCAUUCUGCUGGCCACCGUCUCCGGUGAACAGUCCCGGGACCGCACCGACCGCGCCGUCGUCACCCCCUGGCUCAAAUUCCUGUGGGAGACCUACCGUACCGUUCUCGAGAUUCUGAAGAACAAUGCCCGUCUCGAGAUUAUGUACCAGUCGACCGCCCUGCAGGCUUUCCAGUUCUGCCUCAAGUACACUCGCAAGACUGAGUUCCGCCGUCUCUGCGAGCUGCUGCGCAACCACGUUCAGAAUGCCGCCAAGUACUCCACCCAGAUGCAUGCUAUCAACCUCAGCGACCCCGAUACUCUGCAGCGACACUUGGAUACCCGCUUCCAGCAGCUGAACGUUGCUGUUGAGCUGGAGCUGUGGCAGGAGGCCUUCCGUAGCAUCGAGGACAUCCACACCCUCUUGAACCUCAGCAAGCGUCCCGCUAAGAACGUCAUGAUGGCCAACUACUAUGAGAAGCUGGCUCGCAUCUUCCUUGUUAGCGAGAACUACCUUUUCCACGCUGCUGCCUGGAACCGCUACUACAACCUGCUCCGCCUCUCCACCGUCGCUCUGGCUACCGGCCAGAGCACCAAGAAGGAAAACCCCUCCGUGACCGAGGCUGAUAUGACCAAGGCCGCUUCCUUCGUGCUCCUCUCUGCUCUGUCCAUCCCUGUGAUCAGUACUACCCGCUCGCGUGGUGCUCUGGUUGACGUUGAUGAGGCCCGCAAGAACAAGAACACCCGCCUUACCAACCUUUUGGGUAUGGCCCAGCCCCCGUCCCGUCAAGUUCUCUUCCGGGAUGCCCUGAACAAGGGUCUGCUGAAGCGUGUUCGCCCUGAGAUUCGGGAUCUGUACAACAUUCUUGAGGUCGACUUCCAUCCUCUGUCCAUCUGCAAGAAAAUCACUCCCAUCUUGAAGCAGAUUGGUGCUGACCCAGAGAUGGAGAAGUAUGUUGUUCCUCUGCAGCAGGUCAUCCUGACUCGUCUGUUCCAGCAGCUGUCCCAGGUCUACGAGUCCGUUGAGCUCAAGUUUGUCUACGAGCUUGCUCAAUUCCCCGAUCCUUUCCAGAUCACCCCUGCUAUGAUUGAGAAGUUCAUCAUGAACGGCUGCAAGAAGGGUGACCUCGCUAUCCGUGUCGAUCACAUCUCCGGUGUUCUCACGUUCGACUCGGAUGUCUUCUCUUCCUCCAAGGCUAUGCACGCUGGCAGCGCCGCCGGCUCUGCCGAGAGCGAGAUUGGCUCCGUCCAGCGUCUCCAGCACACUCCUGCUGAGAUUGCCCGCUUCCAGGUCGCUCGCCUCGCCAAGACCCUUCACGUUACCUGCAUGUACGUGGACCCGUCCUAUAAUGAGGCUCUUCUCCAAGCCAAGCAGGCUGCUCAGGCUCGCGCUUUGGCCGGUGCCGCACAGGAACACGAGGAGACCUUGGCUCGUCGUGUGAUCAUCGAUAAGAAGAAGGAGGCUGCGACCGACGCCCUCCAGAAGAAGCAGCGCGAAGAGGAGACCCGCAAGCGCAUUCGUACUCAGCAGCUUCAGGAGGCCGAGAAGCAGCGUCUCGCUGAUGAGCAGCGUGACCGCGAGCUGAAGCGUAUCAAGGAUGAGCAGGACCGUAUUCGCCAGGAGGAGCUCAAGAAGCAGAUCGAGGAGCUCAAGACUGGUGUUAAGGGCAUUGACAUUAGCGAACUCGAUGUGGAGGAUCUGGAUGCCAACCGCCUGCGUGCCAUCAAGCUCGCCCAGCUCGAGAAGGAGAAGAACGAGCUCAAUGACCGUGUGCGCACCACUGCCAAGCGUAUUGACCAUCUGGAGCGUGCUUUCCGUCGCGAGGAGUUGAAGCACAUUCCCGCCGAUUACGAGGCUCAGAAGAAGCACGACAUGGAGCUCUACGAGCAGCAAAAGGCCGAGACUCUCAAGGAGGCCAAGCAGAAGCACUCCGAGGCUGUUGCCCUCAAACACCGCCUGAGCCGUCUUGUACCCCAAUUCACCAGCUUCCGCAAGGAUCUUUCCGAGAAGCGCCACGAGGAAUUCGAGAAGCGCCGCAAGGCUGCCGAGCGCGAAUUCGAGGCCAAGAAGAAGCAGCGUAUCAAGGAGGUCCAAGAUCGCCGCCGCCGCGAGAAGCAGGAGCGCGAAGAGGAAGAGCGCCGUCGCAAGGAAGAAGAAGAGCGCAUGCAACGCGAGGAGGAGGAGCGUGUGGCCCGCGAGGAGGAACGCCGUCGUGCAUUGGCCGAGGAGAAGGCGAAGCGCGAGGAAGAGCGAUCCAAACUCGACGAGAUCGCAAUCCGACAGAAGCAGCGCGAGGACGAGGCCGAAGCCCGCCGUUCUGCUCGCCGCUUUGGUGGCCCAACCUCAGCCGAACCUACCGAACGGACUGCUCCUCGUCUCAACCUGGCUUCCCGCACUGGUGGCUCUAGCUGGAGAGAUCGGAUGGCCGCUAAGGAGGCCACCGGCGAGCCUGCCCCCGAACCCUCUCGGGAGCCUGUUCGUGAGGAGCCUGCUCCGCGCCGAGCUGGUGGUGGUUACGUGCCACCCCACCUGCGCGGCGCUGCCUCCUCUGGCUCCGCCCCUCCGCCUCGUGAAAACGGCCCUUCCGACCGCUUCGUCCCUCGUCACCUGCGUGACCCCUCCUCAUCGACCCCGGCCGCUCCCCCUGCCGAUAAGCCGGAGGAGUCGAAGCCCAGCACUGGUGGCAAGUGGGUGCCGCGCUGGAAGCAGCAGCAAAGCUGA